ACUAUGCAUUUGCGUAUAAGUAUAACGUUGUCAGUGUUGCAUGUAAGCAAACUCCACAGUACGUGUUUCCUGUUGUGACUUAUCUGGAAAGUUCACAGAGACAAGAUGGCACUCUCGCUGCUAGUGGUACUACUCUGUACGCUGUUAAGCGUUACAAAGGGUCAGACUAUCACGGAAGAGAAGAGUUGCAGCUCCAACCGUGAGUGCGACAGUACACAGUGCUGCCGUGUGAAUGGCUAUCCACUGACAGGACUCUACCCCAUCAUGGAGGGUGCUACCACUUCGCUGGGCACCUGUGGACCUAAACCCCAGGACGGAGAGGUGUGCAGCCUUAUGUACGUGUCCGACAACUGUGCCUGUGCCGACGGGCUGAGGUGCUGGGGAGGAAUAACGGGGAUCCAGCCCAUCUCCGGUACAUGCCGUACUCCGGAGUACAUCCAACAGCAGUACGACAAUAACCCCUUCUGGUUCCUCAUUCCGUAAAGGGUACAGAUGUUGAAGUAGUGCAAAAGAAGUUGUUAAAUCAUAUACUAAAUGUGUAAACAUUGAAUGAAAUAAAUGAGACAAGUCACUACUGA